UUUCCAAAGCUGCUUACAAAUGAGAGAAUAUUUAACAUUUUGUCAAAGAGCUAACAACACUUGUGUCUGGGUCUACAUGUGAACAUGAAUGAAACGGGAAGCUGAACAAAAAUAGAAACAAUGAGGAAAAAAUCGCAGGAACACACAUUGGUCAAUGCGUGAAAUGCUGUCGGCACCCUGCAGACCCCUUUAACAGUCAACAGACCAGAGCACUUGUCCUUUCUCACUGGAGCCCUCCUCGGCCAAUCAGAAGGCAGUGUUGCUGCUUUGUCAUCAGCCUUUGAUUGAGGAAGGCUCUGCUCUCCUGCUCUGUUUGUAGGAGCUGAUAAAAUGCCAGGUCUGUGCAGCCUCCGGGGAGAGCCCCGCUUCUUGAUGAUGUGAUCGAUCACGUUUCAUUCUCAUUAAUACACUACGCUGGCGGUUGGAGAGAGGGGCUGGCCGCCGUCUGCUUGUCAUUCCCGGUUCGGUGGUCUUUCUGUGGGCAAGGGGAUUGUAAGAGAUAUACUCUCACCACACCUCCUAUAUUUGCAUUUGGUCAUUAAGGAGAGCCUUUGGGAAUAUCAGACCUCCAUGUACGACAAUUUGUACCUGCAUGGAUUUGAAGACUCGGAGGCGGGUUCGGCUGACUCAUACACUAGCAGACCAUCUGAUUCAGAUGUCUCACUGGAUGAGGAACAGGGCGGCCGACAGGAGAAAGAACAGCAGGCCACUGUCCAGCUGGAAAGGGCGAAGGCCAAAGCAGUGGCCUUCGCCGUGAGAACAAACGUCAGUUAUUGUGGCGCCCUGGAUGAGGACGUUCCUGUCGCUGGUACUGCCAUUUCCUUUGAUGCUAAAGACUUCCUUCAUAUCAAGGAGAAGUACAACAAUGACUGGUGGAUCGGGCGACUGGUGAAGGAAGGCUGUGAUAUCGGCUUCAUUCCCAGUCCUUUAAAGCUUGAGAACAUUCGCUUACAACAGGAACAGAAAAGGAGUCGCUUCCAUGGGAAGUCCAGUGGAAACUCCUCCUCCAGUCUGGGUGAAAUGGUGUCGGGCACCUUCAAGCCCAACCCUCCAUCUGCAGGUAAACAGAAACAGAAAGUGGCCGAGCACAUUCCCCCAUAUGAUGUGGUUCCCUCCAUGAGGCCGGUGGUCUUAGUUGGCCCAUCACUUAAGGGCUAUGAGGUAACGGAUAUGAUGCAGAAAGCCCUCUUUGACUUCUUGAAACACAGGUUUGAAGGCAGGAUAUCAAUAACAAGAGUAACCGCAGACAUCUCUUUAGCCAAGAGAUCUGUGCUGAAUAACCCCAGUAAAAGAGCCAUUAUUGAGAGAUCCAACACCAGAUCCAACUUAGCUGAGGUUCAAAGUGAGAUAGAGAGGAUCUUUGAAUUGGCCAGAUCCCUUCAGCUUGUUGUCCUGGAUGCGGACACAAUCAACCAUCCAGCCCAACUCAUCAAGACAUCUUUAGCUCCUAUUAUCAUCCACGUCAAAGUGUCUUCCCCAAAGGUAUUGCAGAGGCUGAUUAAAUCCAGAGGAAAGUCUCAGAGCAAGCAUUUAAACGUACAGUUGGUGGCAGCGGACAAAUUAGCUCAGUGUACUCCAGAUAUGUUUGACAUUAUUUUGGAUGAGAACCAGCUGGAGGAUGCAUGUGAACACCUGGCAGAGUACCUGGAAGCCUAUUGGCGGGCAACACACACGUCUCUCAGCACUCCUCUGAACCCUCUGCUGAGCCGGAACCUGGGCUCCACUGCACUGUCUCCAUACCCAACAACCAUCUCUGGAUUACAGAGCCAAAGAAAUAAAAACAGCAAUCACAUCCGCGACCACUCUCCGAUGGAGAGGCACAGUUUGAUGACCUCAGAUGAGAACUACCACAACAACGAACGGCAAAAGAAGAGCCAUAACCGCUUAUCCUCCAGCUCCCAGCAAAGUCGUGACCACUACCCGCUGGUAGAAGAGGACUACCAGGAUCCCUAUCAGGACGCAUACAAACCUCACCGCAACCGGGGCUCCCCCGGCGGCUACAGUAAUGACUCACGGCACAGACUCUAGAUCAAUACCCAAACCACAGCUGUCAGAGCUAUGGGAUAACUCUCGUGUAAUUGUCUAAGCCAUUUUCCCAAAAUGCAUUGCAGUGCAUUCCGGUGCCCGCCCAUGGGCUGUCUUAACUAAAUGCGAGAUCUGAGCACCCUGGCCCUUGAAUAUCUCUUGUCAGGCGAUUGAAGGCUGGAGGUGCUGAUGUUUAUGUGCAGUAGUUAUGAGAUAAUGUUCUUCUAGAGACGUCACACGUGUAGCACAGGAUGAGAAAGUACGAUUUUUUUCUAAUAUAGAUCUAGAACCAAGGUCUGAUAUCCCUGUAUUUGCAGGAAUUGCUUUGGUGGAAUGCAGAUUUUCACCCUGAAUUUACUGGCACGCGAGAAUGCAUAACAGUACAACAGCCAAUCAGCACAGAGCCUGCUUGCACGGUUAAGUAGCCAAUGGAGUAUAAUGCAUUUACUAUUAUACUUUUUUUUUUUCAUUUUUCCUUUGGGCAGCCUCAGGUACAGAGCAGGAAAGCUUCACACGUGCCAAAAAUUGGAGCUGUUUUUGUGACAUCCCUGUUUUUUAUCCUUUCAGUUUUCAUUUCAUUGAAUAUGUCCACAGGUAGUGUCAAAGGACACUUUUCUAAGCAGAAUGCAAAAGAUAGCAACAAGUUGUCACGUUUUUGUUACAUACACCAUGAUGCCUACAGUUAGAUGUUUGUCCUAAAGCAAAGAAAAUAUCAAAUUGGGGAGAGGGUGAAAAAUAUUACAACAUGAAAAAUGAUCAACCCCAAAAGAGACAUUUUUAAUACAAAGUAUAAUUUCAUUCUUUUUUGAUUUUGGGGUCAGAGACAUGUUUGGUGAGAUUCACCCGAAAAGGUUUUAAAACAACGAGAUUACCACAAGUUUGGUUUGUUCAUAAUAUAUUUAUAUCAUAUUCCACUAUCUGUGCCAUAUUUGCUGAUUCUGUCAUUCAAAUAUGUGGAGAUCUGUUCUUUAAACCUUUUCAUGAGUCAUGUAUGUUAGUCAAAAUGUGUUAGCAAAGUUCCCUUGUUGAAUUUAUUAGGUUUAGUAUCAGACAUGGUCUUCUUCUAUUUAGCGUGUGGCUGAUCAAUAAUGGUCUUUAGCAGGUACACUGGAGGUUUACGUGUAGUAAACAAAUAUUGGAAUUCAGUUUAGAUAGAUUUAGAUAAAUUAAGAUGCUAUGUAAACAUGUGCUAUGUGUUUUUUAAUUGUUUUUUUUUUUUUUUGGUAAAGGAACAUCUGUAGUAAUAGGGAUACUCAGCCCAAAAAUGAAAAUUCUGUCAUCGGUUGCUAACAUUUUUCCAAACAUCCUUCUUUGUGUUCAACAGAACAAAGACAUUUAUACAGGUUUGGAACAACUUGGGGGGAGUAAUUCAUGACAGAAUGUUCAUUUUUGGGUUGAGUAUCCCUUUAUUGGGCCGGUUUGCAAAAGUUAUAUAUGCACUGUGUAGUUUUGCUAGUGUAAACAGCACCAAUCACGUGUCAUUAUUGGCUUUGCAUGCAAACUACAUAGUUGUGCUGAAGGUUUAUGAAAAUCUGAUCAAAACAAAAACUUUAACAUUUAAACAAAAAUGCUAUUUCGAUAAUCUGUCGUUUACGUUUUCACUGUUCUUUUUAA